GUCCUACAUAUAAAGGACUGAAGCCAGGGCUUUGGUGCAUGUGCUCAAGUUGAUUGAAGGAUCAAUUCCCGGGGUCGGAUUGGGCAGCAUGCCAUUGUCUAUUCUUCCAGCGCCUUGCACUCUAAGUGCACUUGUACAGUUUGGACAUCCUGCAGCGCAAUAUAUUCGCAAGGUCAGAAGCGGAGAGGAACUCACCAAUCUGGACUAUGUCUUAUUUACCACCUAUUUCGUGAUCUGUGCAAUUUGGAUGUUCCUCGAGUCGAUCAUUCUUUGGGCAUUGGUCGAGUACUGCCCAUUGUUCUUAGAAGCGAAGAUGCUGUUUUUUUGGUGGCUAGCGUGCCCAGAGUACAAAGGGGCAGUCUAUCUGUGGUAUGGCCACAUUAAGCCGCUGCACAAAAUCUUGGACGAAAAAUACUACAACACCUUGAUGACGGCAGUGCAGAAGGCUUCGUUGCCUGAAGUGCCCGCCGCGGACACCUCGAAUGCAGAGGUCAGUGAUAAGGAAAAGGCGAUUCGGGAUAUGCUGGAAAAGAAAGGCUCAUGAGGAAAGCUGAGAAUGCGCUUAGUAUGCGAAAAUAAUGUUUCACCACCUAGCAACAACUCAGCUGUGUAGCGAAAUUCUGGCUGAGUCUUUGACUGGACAGUGCAGCCGAAUGCAGCUAGAUCCGCUGACACAGCGGCGUGGCUCGAUUGUGCAGUUGAGCCAUGUUGAGCCCCAGGGCUUUGAUCGUGGACACAUGGACAGAGAAGUGAGGAAA